AUAUUUUUAAUUGGAAGUUUAAAAAAAAUCUAAAAUGAUCGCAGAAAAGAUUGUACCUGGCGCUUUAUUGGUGCAAGGCACCACAACAUUAAUGAUUUCAUUUCUAUCAACUCUAAUCUCCUUCGUCUACUCGUGGCCAUCGUACACUGUAGCCAACUUCAGAUCGAACGACACAGUUCUGUCUGCACCCAUGACCUCACUGGAGGUAUCACUACUUGGCAGCCUGACCAAUGUGGGAGGGCUGGUCGCUACUCCAUUGUGUGGAUAUGCAAUGAAUAAACUGGGGAGAAAGUAUACGUCAUUGCUGUUUGGUCUACCCUUCGUGAUCUGUUGGACAAUAAUAUCCAUCACCAACUAUAUACCAUUAGUACUAGCUGCUAUAGCUUUAUCUGGAUUUGGAGCUGGUGGCCAAGUCCUCACAACAAUAUACGUGGCAGAAAUCUCCCAAGAUUCAGUCAGAGGAACCUUCACUUCCACUGUGUCUAUUGGGUACUUCCUCGGACUGUUGAUGUCGUAUGCCUGGGGUGGAUAUCUCUCUUACAACAAUGUCAUCUACAUACAUUUAGCAUUGUCAGUGUUUUAUGUGCUCAUGAUGCUGCUUUUGAAGGAGAGUCCGGUGUUUUUGAUACAGAAAGGGAAAGAAGAGGAAGCUGCAAAGUCAAUAGCAUUUUAUAGAAGAAUCGAUGUUAACUCGAAAGAAGUUGAGAUAGAAAUUGAAAAACUAAAGCGUCAGAUGAAACCAGUAGUCGAUAAUAGCGACAUCAGGGCAUCCGAAGCAUUGAUUGAAAAUAAACUUACAGGUGAAGCAGUAAGGUCCAGUUCAGCUUGGCAAUUUUUGUUAAACUCAGAGUCCUCAAAGUGCGCUCUUCUUACGUGCAUCAUAAUUAUGAUACUGAAGACGUUCAUGGGAGCCAUCACGCUCCAGGUCUACGCUGAGACGCUGUUCAAGAUCGCAGUGCCCACGAUGUCACCGUACUUGUGUACUAUAUUGAUGGCUGUUGAUAAUGUUGUGGCCAGUGUUAUUUGCUCUUUGCUGAUUGACAGACUUGGCAGAAAGUUUCUCAUGAUAAUCUCCUCCGUGGGUUCCGGUAUCUGCACGUUACUCCUUGGCACCCAACUGUUAUUCGACUGGGCGCCUGGCAUUUUCACUGCUAUCGUCAUCUACGCGUUUGCCUUCAUUUAUAUAGUAGGCGCUAAUGCGGUUAUUUUCGUCGUCGCUGCUGAAGUGUUUUUGCCGGAGGUCCGAGGUCUCUGCAACUCCCUCAUCAUGACUUGCAUGUGGGCUGUCAACUUCCUAGCGCUCAUGAUCUUCGUCCCUGUCGUAGAGAACUUCGGCAUGCACUCUGCCUUCUUUGGCUUCUCCGUGAUCAGCUUUCUCGGAGCUCUCUAUAGCUACUGGUGCCUGCCGGAGACCAAGGGGCUCGCGGUGGAGGCUAUUCAGGCGUUGUUUGUUAAGAAUAGGCGGAAAAAUGAUAAAUGCUAGUGAAAUCUACACGAAAUGUUUGUAUGUUUGAUUGUAGGUAGUAUUCUAAGAAGAUAUUCAAAUGAUGUUGAAAGUUAUUAUACCAGUAAACUACAUUAUUCUUAAGUAAUAUUUUGUGUCGAUAUUCCAACGGGAUCGAAGCCCUAGGACGCAAUUUUGAAUUGUUUUUUUCAUCUUGUAAUAUUUUUAUCUUCCUUUUUUUCACGGACGAGAUCUUCAAAGAUCAGUUAAUAGUUUACAUCUACACUUAUAUUCAUACUAAUAUUAUAAAGAUAAAAGAUUAGUAUUUCUGUUUAUUUUUUUUUGUAAUUAUAUAGUAUAAACUUUUUCUUUUGAUGAAAUUUGGCACAGAGAUAGACAAAACGUUUAGAGUAACAUUGGCUGCUUUAUGGUUAUACCGGAUCGAAGCGGCAAGCGGGCCAAGUCGCUACAGGAUGGGUUUGUUAGUUUUAUUUUAGGUGGCAAUCUUCGUAACUACUCAAACUAUUUCCGAAAUGGUUUUACCAGUAGGAAGCUCAAAAUGAUUACAUUCAUUAUUCCUGUGUGUAAUCUAAAAUUAAAUUUCCAUCCCGAUAUUCCCACAGAGAUGAAGCCCUCGGAUUU